CUUCCGCCUGCUCAAUCCUUAUCAUCUCUACAACAAUACACAGCGGCUGCGGGUGGACAAGAGAAUCAGGAGCGGGAGCGUCCGGCAAAGACUGGCUUCUUCUCUAACUACAAGGCUGCGAAGAGUUCAAGCCGAUUGCAAAAUUCGGAUUCUGCUCGACCGGUCACCGAGGACAGCAUGUCCAGAGACGCGGACCGCCCGACCAUGGCCGGGAAAGUUUCGUCGAAGGAAACUAAGAGAGCUGAUUCUACUGAUCGAUCGACAACCCGACGACCUGUUGGUGGACCCUCAAAAUCAGACGUUUCCCUUGAUUCCCAAACCGAACCCCCACCAUCCUCCUCCGGCACGAACGUCAUCAGGAAGGGCAAGCCGAAGGCAUUCAACCUGCUGUCCAGGACCAAGUCUAUCCGAGAUGAACAAAGUCCACGCGCAUUGUCCCCGAAUAAUAGGUUGAUGGAACCGGAGAAGACGCAUGCACACAGUGAAUCCCUCAGAACUGCACCGCUUCCUAUAUCGGAAGGCGAUCGAUCGUUUAGGUCCAUGAUGAGUUCCAACGUACGCCAACGAUCUGAGGAUAGGCAACCUACGCAGCCACGGGAUAUUCAACGAAAGGAGAACGGCAGACAAAAGGAUACGAGAGAGAAUGGUAAAUCACAAACCAUGAAGGACCAGAAGGAGAACCGCCCGCCGAACUCAUUCUCGUCGUCGUUGCGUGAGGGGAGUGGCCACGGUUUCUUGAAUAAUCUCAAGAGUUCUGCAACCAAGGGGGCUGGAGCACUGAGUAAGGGGUUGUUUGGAAAGGGGAGAAGCGGAAGCACCAAUGAGAAGGAGUCUUUCCUUGACGAUAUGCAUUAUGAGUUGAAGGUCCUCAACCGUCCACUUGUUGAACAGACCAGACUUACCAGGAUAUCGAAGAGGUUGGAGGAUUCCCGGGAUAAGACUGAGUUCUGGAUGCCAGCAUUCCCAUGGAGAGCUAUCGACUAUCUCAACUAUAAGGGUAGUGAUGUCGAGGGGUUGUACAGAGUUCCAGGUAGUACCCAGGAAGUCAAGAGAUGGCAGAGACGAUUUGAUGAAGAGGGUGACAUCGAUCUAUUUGAGCAAGAUGACCUCUACGAUAUUAACAUCAUCGGCUCCAUGCUCAAGGCUUGGCUCCGUGAACUUCCCGACGAACUGCUCCCCAAGGCCGCACAAGACCGCAUCUCCCGAGCACACGCUGGCUCCGAGGAAGUCCCCCAAUUGCUCGUCGAUGAGCUCUCAAACCUCUCACCAUUCAACUACUACCUUCUCUUCGCUAUUACUUGCCACCUCUCGCUUCUCCUAGCCCACGCCGACAAGAACAAGAUGAACUUCAACAAUCUUUGCAUUUGCUUCCAACCAUGUAUGAAGAUCGACAUGUUCUGUUUCAAGUGGCUUGUCGAAAACUGGAGAGACUGUUGGAAGGGUUGUAAGACUGAGCAACACUACAUUGAGCAAGAGUAUAUGCUGUUCGACAUGGUUACCCCUGGAUCGGCUGAAGGUCGCCGUAGCAGCACCGCAAUCGAGGUCAGCUCUCACGAUGAACGCACCGUCUCCAGCUCAGAUAGCAGCAAGCCAAGCAGUGUCAGCAUCGACCACAGUCAGAAGCCUGGAGGAAGCCAGAACAAGAAGUUACCGUUCACCAAGAGCCAAACGAGCAUGGACACAGUCAGCACGCAAUUAACGGUUGUGCAAGAACGAACUCCGCCUCGGCGAAGUGGUGAUAUGAGACCUUUGAGUCCUAUCAAACCACUUAGCCCGAUUGGUCUUUGA